GCCGGGCAGAGCCGCCCCGGGCCCAGCGGUGCCGGGCUGUGCAGUGCCUCGCCCGGGACCACCCCGAGCUCCGUGGCCGGGACAGAAGCCAGGUCCCCAGGGCGCCUCAGGGCCCCCUUGAAUAGUUUCUAAUGAGAUGAGUUUAGUCAUUCGAAAUCUGCAGAAAGUCAUCCCCCUCAGGCGAAUCCCACUUCGCAGAAGAAUAGAAAUCCUUCAGAAGAUUUUGGACGUGCAGCAGUUCGACCUGGGCGUUAUCUGUGUUAAUAACAGAAACAUUCAACGUCUCAAUAGCACCUACAGGCAAAAAAAUGUCCCCACUGAUGUGCUUUCCUUCCCUUUUCAUGAGAAUCUGAAAGCAGGUGAGCUGCCUCAGCCUAGUUUUCGAGACGAAUACAAUCUCGGUGAUGUUUUCCUAGGAGUAGAGUAUAUCUAUCAACAGUGCCAAGAAAAUGGGGAGGAUUACUACAGCAUUCUUACAGUGACUGCAGCUCAUGGACUGUGCCAUUUGCUGGGAUACCAGCACAACACAGAAGCGGAGUGGGAGCAGAUGUAUCAGAAGGAAAAACAAAUUCUUGAGGAGCUAAAUGGAAUCACUGGUGCAAACCUCCAGCCACUGACUAAAAACCAUUUCUGAUCACGUUGCAAAAAAAAGAAAGAAGACCCAGAAAAAUAAAUCCUUAUUCUACUAAGAAACCAAGUAGCAUGGAUACAACUAACUUAAGUAUUAAGUGAUUUAUUUAACAGAUAUCUGUUAACUUCAUAUAGUGUCAACAGAAUGCCUUACGUUGUAGUGUGUAAUAAAAUUCAGCCAAACAGCUCA